AUGUUGAUGCCACCGCCGCCGACGUCCGCUGCAAACGGAACUGUUCACCAUCCUGCAAAGCGGGCAUCAGGCAAGGUGGCACCUCUGGGUGGGCGACAACGUGGAUCAGGUCGAACGAAAGCAGCAGCAGCGAUCGCCGCUUCGCACAGUCAGAACACGACACCAUUAAUAAAGACAGGUGGUGCAGUAUCGGCUACUGGUGGAGCUGGAGAGAAACGACGUGAUCGAGAAGACGAUGAAGAAAGUGAAGGCGAGUUGUGUUGGCGUGACUCGGAUUCGAUGACUUCGUCAGGAGGCUUGUCCGUGGUGCGUUUGGCUUGGGAAGCGUUCGUGUGGUUGACAACGGUGGUAUGGCCAUCAUCGGGAGACGACGUUCGUGACGACUCUAGCUACGGUGGUGAUGACGAUGACGAUUACAGUAUACCAGAAGAGAAUGCAAAGAAGUUGUCUCGUUCGAGCAACGGUGACGUUAGUAAGCAGCUGCGAGCGUCGGUGGCGACGACGACAUGCGCUGCUGUGAAUCGUAAGGGCGGACGUGGUGCACGAGACAGCACGAAGGCGAAAGAAAAGGUCAUUAUUGCGAAUGCUGUGGAAAGAGAAAAACGAUAA